AAUGGACAACCCAUCUCAGAUUGAAGCAAGAAACCGGAAAUGGGGAGAGAGCAGGAAGAGCAAGUCCGGGGAGGUCAUGUGGUGGUGAUGCCAUAUCCAAGUCAAGGUCACAUAAACCCACUUCUCCAAUUUGCCAAACGCUUAGUCUCAAAAGGGCUCAAAGCCACAAUAGCCACCACCCAUUAUACUGUCAAGUCUAUUUACGCCACCAAUAUUGGCGUCGAAGCCAUCUCCGAUGGAUACGACGAGGGUGGGUUUCCUCUCGCCCCUGAUACGGGUACCUACCUCACGGCAUUCAAGACCUGCGGGUCUAAAACCCUGAGUGAACUCAUCAGGAAAUUUGAAACCACAGCCUCCCCUGUUACCUGUGUUAUAUAUGACGCUUUCCUUCCAUGGGCACUUGAUGUUGCCAAACAACACGGCAUUUGUGGAGCUUCGUUCUUCACUAACUCUGCCACCGUCACCUGCUUAUUCCAUCGCAUUCAUAAAGGCCUCCAUACUUUGCCUAUUAAGAUUGAAGAUACACCUCUCUCCAUACCUGGACUUCACAAAUUGGACUACCCUGAUUUACCUGGUUUUGUCAAAUCCCCUGAUUCCUAUCCUGCUUAUUUAGCUAUGAAACUGAGUCAAUUUCAUAAUCUUCACCAAGCUGAUUGGAUCUUCGGAAACACUUUUGACGAUUUGGAGUUGCAACUCCCGGCUGCAGAAGGGGUAUGUGAGCUAUGGAGAGGAACAUUGAUUGGGCCGAUGAUCCCAUCAGCUUACCUGGACGGGCAAAUAGAGGGUGACAGAGGAUAUGGAGCUAGUCUCUGGAAGCCAUUAGACCACAAAUGCAAGAAAUGGCUUGAACAAAAACCAGCUGGUUCUGUGGCCUAUGUAUCAUUUGGAAGCUUGGUCGCAUUAACUCCAAAACAAAUGGAAGAAAUUGCUUGGGGACUUAAGGAGAGUGGUCGCCAUUUCUUAUGGGUGGUGAAGGAAUCUGAGCGUGAGAAAUUGCCUCAAGGUUUCAUUGAAGCAACUGAAGAGAAAGGGUUAGUAGUGACUUGGUGCCAACAACUAGAGUUGCUAGCACACAAAGCAAUAGGCUGCUUUGUAACACAUUGUGGAUGGAAUUCAACACUGGAGGCUCUGUGUCUUGGUGUGCCAAUGGUGGGAGUGCCCAAGUUUGCAGAUCAAUACACGAAUGCUAAGUUUAUUGAGAACGUUUGGGGUGUGGGUGUGAGAGCUAAGGAGGAAGAUGAUAAGGGGACUGUGGGGAGAGAAGAACUUCAGUUGCGUUUAAGAGAAGUAAUGGAUGGAAAGAGAAGUCAGGAGAUGAGAAGGAAUGCUGAUAAGUGGAGGGAGUUGGCCAAGAAAGCAGUUUCUAAAGGUGGAAGUUCAGAUAACAAUAUUAAUGAAUUUGUUGCACAAGUUUGCAGUGAUGGGAAGAAGAGAGUCGAGGAAGAGAAGCACAUGAAUGGAUUUUAGGUUAAUUAGAUGUUUACUGAGACCAGACUCCAACAGUAUUCUUGGCUUAAUUCUUUCUUGAAUGGUCUGAUAAAGGCUGUUUUUGUCGACAUUUUCUUUUUCUUGAGUCAUAGUUUCCCCGUUAAUUGGUCAAUGUAUGGUCAAGGUCUUUCAUUGAUGGUUAGUUAGACAAUUUCUAUUCUAUAAUAGAAUUUCAAUUUCUUCUAA